UCUGAAACACCAUUGUCGGAUGUCAUAUUCAGUAAAACAGGACAGAUGAAAUCUACAAAAUUGAAUCUUCAACACAUGACUUCAUCAUAUAUUGAAACUCCAUCAUCAUUCAACUCCAGUAACAUGGUUCUGAGAGUGGUUGUACAAAAAUCUACUAAUAAGGUUUUGUAUGCUCAAGCCGAGGAAGAUUUCGUGGAGCUUCUCUUUGGCUUCCUCGUCCUCCCGCUAGGAGCAGCCGUGCGUGUUCUGGACAGAUCUCUUAAUACGUGUUUCGACUAUUUGCACAUGAGUGUGGCUGAUCAUAUAGACAGCAAAUAUUUCAAGAUCGGUGCCAAAAAGAUGCUCAUCAGCCCCAAAAUACCUCACGGAUAUGUUUCAGAAAACUUCGUUCUUCCUAUCAACGAAGAGGCCUUAACCAUCGAAUACAUGAUGGACUUUUACUCUUCGAAGAAGUUCCCAAAUGGCCGGGGGAAAUACCUCAAAGCACCCCGGACAUUCAUGGUGAAGGAUGAUUUAACUGUUGCACCUCUUUGCAUUGCUUCCACGCUCUCCUUUCUCAGCGGGAUGAAAGUCCCUAUAUCGGACGUCAAAGAAGUUCAAUUCCAAAUUGGAUCGAAAGAGGCUUUAGACAUAUUGAGAGCAUCCCUUACAUCUGAUUCAGCCUUAUCCAAUGGUCUGAAUUUGAGUUAUCUCAAAUCUCAAAAAUAGAAGGACCAAGACCAAGUGGAAUCCCACUUUGGCUUAUGAUUUUACUAGUCAUAUUAGUAAGGUUUAAUUUCAUGCUUAUUUUUAGUAGGGUUUGUUUAUAUUCCAAGUAGGAUUAAAGAGAGGUAUCCAAGGGGAUCAAAUAGUAUUGUCGGGCAAGUUAUCGUCGUGAGGCUAUGACUCGUUCCAUUCUUCGUUAUGGUUCAUCCCGUUCUUCUUUAUCUAUUUCAGUUUCUACAUCUUGUUCCGUUCUGUUCUGUUCUAUCGUUUAUGAUGCCAAUGAUGCAUUAUGUUUCGUAAACCGAUAUUUUAUCGAACG